AGGAUAAAUUAGUUGUCUGAGUGGGAGCAGCAUCUCCUCCUCCCUGAUGGACAGUGCUGGGGGACCUCCACUCUGCUUCCCCAACCUCAACUCCUCCUGCAGGCGACUGCUGCGACCCCGACCUGAGACUGAAGUACUCUACACCCUGCUGGCCCUGGUCUCUCUGCUCACUGUGACACUCAACCUGCUCGUCAUCAUCUCCAUCUCCCACUUCCGGCGGCUCCACACUCCUACCAACGCCCUGCUGCUGUCUCUGGCUGUGUCUGACCUGGUGGUGGGGCUGCUGGUGAUGCCAAUAGAGGGCUUGCGCUACCUGGAGACGUGCUGGCUGCUGGGGAGGCUGAUGUGUGCUGUGACUCCUUACAUUUCUUACUGUCUGCUUUCUGUCUCUGUAGGCCAUAUGGUGCUCAUAUCCAUAGACCGGUAUCUGGCUAUCUGUGACCCACUGCUUUAUGCCUCUAAGAUCACCCUGCACAGAGUUAAAAUUUCAGUGUGUUUAUGUUGGGCCUGCUCUCUCCUCUACAACGGGUGUAUUCUGAUGGAACACUUAGGGCAGCCGGACAGGUUCAGCUCCUGCCAUGGGGAGUGUGUGGUGGUCAUCAGCCACAUCUCAGGAACUGUUGACCUAUUUGUGACCUUUGUUGGGCCCUGUACUGUCAUGGUUGUUCUGUACAUGAGGGUGUUUGUGGUGGCUGUUUCUCAGGUGCGUGUCAUGCGUAUGCAGAUCACUGCCACUACAGCACCAACCUCUAAAAUAUCAGAGAGGAAGGCAGCCAAGACUCUUGGGAUUGUGAUAGCUGUGUUUCUAAUGUGUUUCUGCCCAUAUUACUAUCCUGCUCUGGCAGGUGAGGACCUCUCAAACAACCUGUCAUACUUUGCAGCUUUGUCCUGGAUCAUGUUGAUGAAUUCAUGUGUGAACCCUCUGAUUUAUGCUCUGUUCUACCCCUGGUUUAGAAAAGCUACUAAACUCAUCUUCAACCUCAGAAUACUGCAGCCUGACUCUCGAGAGGCCAAAAUCCUGUAGACUGGGCUGAAAAUAUCUGUGUUGGGUCACAUUUCACUUUUAAUGAAUCAUGCUGUUUGCUGGUAUCACCUCUCUCUCUCUCUGGGCGUGUGUGUGUGUGUGUGUGUGC